CGGCGGUGCACAGCGCGACACAGCUGAUUCCAGUACGGUGUGUUGCGUCGGCUGAUCGUUUCUCUCCGAGCUGUCAGUCGCAGUUCGCAGCGCGGAUCGGUUGGCCGCGUUCUCGCGAUUUCAUCUCUGUCGCGUGUGGUUGCCGUGUGCGUGUACGCGGGGCUCCGUGACACGCAGAAAACUGCGAAACAAUCGCGUACGACAUCCCUCGGGGACGAAUGCAGCUUCGCAAUUCGGAAAACACCUCAUCGAUCGUCGGGAAAACGAAGGCGAGGAUUAAAAGCACAUCGUAACGAUAUAUGCGUUUUGUAUGUAUAUAUAGACGUGCAUACAUGUGUGUAUAUAUACAUACAUCGGGGUCUAUCGAACUUGUACUUUAGUACUGUGAUUACCGUGCGAUCACGAUUAUCUUGGAAACGGGGAGUGCAGUGCAUGGUGGAGCGACCGAACAAGGGGCGGAGAAACAGAGGAUGCACAGCGUCAUCGUCAGGGCAUGAGUUCGGACGUUGCUAGAAUAGCGAAAUCCACGUUCGACCGAUGCAUCAGCAGAUGAUGGCAGAUCUGAAGAAUCUCACUCUGGGCGGCGGUGGAGGAUCCAGGUACAGCGGCGAUGAACAAGUUCAGUUCAUACCAGGCGGAAGUCACCAGGUGACGAUCAAGUCCCCUCCACCCACGCUACACUUGGAGAACCUCAACAAUGCAAUAUUCAGUGACUCGCAGAACAAUCUCCCCUGCAAUUGCAACGGCAGCGCGACGAAUGGCGCCGCGGUUGCGAUGUGUAGCAGCAGCAUGUUCGCGAGGAAGGUACCGAACCAUAGUCCUGGCCAGGAUGGUAAGAGGCCAGCAGUGACACUGACGCACCUCCCGAAGAGGCCACCGGUUGACAUUGAGUUCAAGAACCUGGCAUACAGCGUAUCCGAAGGAAGAAAGAGAGGUUACAAGACGAUAUUGAAAUGCGUGAACGGAAAAUUCCGAUCGGGAGAGCUGACCGCCAUCAUGGGUCCUUCCGGCGCCGGGAAGAGUACGCUCAUGAACGUUCUGGCGGGUUACAAAACGUCUCACCUGAGCGGCUCCGUGCUGAUAAACGGCAAGGACAGGAACCUGAGGAGAUUUCGGAAGAUGUCCUGUUACAUAAUGCAGGACGAUCGUCUGCUGCCCCAUUUGACGGUGUACGAGGCGAUGACGGUUUCGGCGAAUCUGAAGCUCGGGAAGGACAUCAGCGCGAGGGAGAAGAAAGUAGUGAUCGAAGAAAUCAUCGAAACACUUGGCCUAAGCGACGCGAGCAACACGCAAUCACAUUGCCUCAGCGGGGGCCAGAGGAAGAGGCUAUCAAUCGCGUUGGAGCUCGUGAACAAUCCACCGGUGAUGUUUUUCGACGAACCCACCUCCGGUUUGGACAGUUCGACCUGUUACCAGUGCUUAAGUUUGCUCAAAUCGUUAAGCAGAGGAGGAAGAACGAUCAUAUGUACGAUACAUCAACCGAGUGCUCGAUUGUUCGAGAUGUUCGACCACCUGUACCUUCUGGCCGAAGGGCAGUGCAUGUACGAAGGUAACGUCGGAGGUCUGGUCCCCUUUUUGUCAUCGAUGGGUCUGGAGUGUCCUGGCUAUCACAAUCCAGCGGAUUAUGUGAUGGAGGUGGCGUGUGGCGAACAUGGCGAGUGUGUGCAUAAAUUGGUAAUGGCCGUGAACAACGGCAAAUGCGCCAAUUAUCAGCUAAACCAGGCUACGAUCAACGCGGUGCAAACUGUAUCGAACGACAUAGCGAAGGAAUCGCCGCAGCAGGAGACGAAAUCCGAGACUGCCUUGAUACCAAACGGGGUGGUGAAGCAGCCGAACGGCGGUACGGUGAUCAACAUGCCGAUCUCUUGCACGACAUCUUUGCUCGACAGCGCCGAGAGCAUAGAGAUGAAAGUCGGCUUUCCAACGAAUAGCUGUACCCAAUUUUGGAUCCUCCUUAAGAGAAUUUUCUUAUCGCAAAUAAGAGACAUGACAUUAACGAGAGUAAGGCUGAUUUCGCACAUAAUCGUUGGGUUUCUCAUUGGUGCGAUUUAUUACGACAUCGGCAACGAGGCCUCGCAAGUGAUGAGCAACGCCGGUUGCGUCUUCUUCACGGUGAUGUUUCUCAUGUUCACCGCUAUGAUGCCUACCAUUCUCACGUUUCCAAUGGAAAUGGCCGUAUUCGUGAGAGAACAUUUAAAUUAUUGGUAUUCCGUAAAAGCUUACUAUCUUGCGAGAACCCUGGCUGAUGUACCCUUUCAAAUAGUGUAUUCUAUAGCAUACGUUGUCAUAGUGUAUUUCAUGACGUCGCAACCAUUGGAAACGAAUAGGUUCAUAAUGUAUUUAACUAUAUGUAUAUUGACAGCAUUAGUUUCUCAAUCCAUCGGUUUAGUGAUAGGUGCAGCGUUAAGUGUGGAGAGCGGAGUGUUCAUUGGCCCAGUUUCGUCGGUGCCUAUCGUUCUGUUCUCCGGUUUCUUCGUCAAUUUCGAUGCCAUUCCAAAGUAUCUGAAGUUUCUUUCGUACGUGAGCUACGUCAGGUACAGUUUCGAGGGCACCAUGGUCUCAGUGUAUGGUUAUAAUCGUGCUAAGCUCAAGUGUUCCGACGCCUACUGCCACUUCAAGAGCCCGACGAAGUUCCUCGAAGAGAUGUCGAUGCAAGACGGCGUCUUCUGGAUGGACGCCGUCGCGCUCGCGGGUUUUCUGCUUAUCUUGAGAGUGAUCGCCUACUUUGUACUCAGACUAAAGUUACGAUCUCUUCGUUAAAACGUGCAGUGACCGAAGGGUGAUCAGUAAUUGACACACGACGAUGUCACGGGUGUCCGAUGCACCUCGAUCUCGGUCGAAGAUCACGCGAACUGGUGUGUACGGUACCGUGUUCCGGCGAAAAUGGUCUUCGCGACACUCACGAUUACGAUUCUCAGUUUCUUUCCUCAUCGAGAAUAGACGCGUACGUACGUAAAUCGGAAGACUGCGUUCGGAACGUUUCAUCAAUGAUGCAAAUGCUUCGUAGCGUUAAAACGAGGCCCACAUUCCCGAUAAUGCGUUCCGAGCGCGAAACCAGGAACGAAGUGUGUCAUGGCCGGUAACGUCGCGUGGCGAGUAACGUCGAGAAGGCUGAUUGAAAAAAAAAAGAAUCGUACGCAUAGAAACAUUUAGGCAUUUCUAAUGAAACUAGACUACGCAGAAGUUAGAGUCAAGUUGUACAUCCAUCGUUGAUAGAUCGAGACGAGACCACCGUUGAUAAUACGCAUCGAAUCGAUACGCAAACAUUUAUAGCCAAUUACUACAAACUCGCCAGGAGCCUUAGGCCCGUUCAAGACUCAUGGUCCCUCCAACGAGCGCGUGUGAAUCGCGCGAACAAGAUAGACUUUUUCAAUAGAUAAGCAAUAGAAUUUACGGAUCGAUGGUUAGAACGGAUUCUUUAUUGUUCUCGUGUUUACAUCGUUCGCCACAUUCACUUAGGCUAUGGAAGAUGGUGCCUCGUAGAUAUGCCAACGAAUACACGUAAAGACGGAUAAUCGUUUAUCUCGUUGGGGUACCAAAAACAAAUUUCUGCGCCCGAUACUUUUCUAUGUAUCGACGAGGCACUGUGUGUAUAGUGUAAUUUGUACUACGAAAUGAUUUAUUACGUGAUCGCGAUCAAUCCUUACCCAUAUCGUCAUUCCAUUAAUAAUUAUAAUUCGGUAACUAUAACGUUUAAGCGGCAAAAAGGAAAUGGUAAGCAUGUAUUGUAAAAAAAAGCUCACACCUGACCAAUCACUAGCUGCCUGUGCGUUUGCUUUUAAGUGAGAGUACUGAACAUUGUUACAUUUAUUACGAUAUAGUACGAUUAAUUACAGGGAGGGGGAGGAGAAGGCAAGGUGAAGGGAGCAUACAUAUUACAA